GUGGUUGGCCUGUCCUCCGGGCACCGUGGCCACAGGGAGCAGCCACCAUGACGCCCACCCUCACGGCCCUGCUCUGCCUCGGGCUGAGUGUGGCCCCGAGGACCCACGUGCAGGCCGGGACCCUCCCCAAACCUACCAUCUGGGCUGAGCCAGGCUCUGUGGUCCCCCAGGGGAGCCCUGUGACCAUCUGGUGUCAGGGCACCCGGACGGCUCAGUGGUACCGUCUGCAAAAACAUGGAAGUUCAGUACCUGGGGACACACAGAGCCCACUGGGGCCCGGGGACAAGGCCAAGUUCUCCAUCCCAGCCAUGACAAGGCAGCGCACAGGGACCUACAGCUGUUCCUAUCACAGCCCCACUGGCUGGUCAGAGUGCAGUGACCCCCUGGAGCUGGUGGUGACAGGUGAGACCCACUCAGGGCCCCAGCCCCAGGCUCUGCCCUCAGGAAGGGGGUCUGCUCUCGGGUAUCCCCUCUCCCAUCCCAGCCCUGGGGGUACGUGGGGACAUGAGCCCCAUUUAUCACGGCCGCCUCCCCUCUCCUAG